UCAUUUGAUGUUAACAACAGACAGACAGGCCUCCCAAAUCCAAGCCACAGAACACACGCUUCAUUCAAACAAACAAACGCAGAGAGAAUCAAUAAAAUCCUCCCAAUUUACUUUAAUAAUUCUUCAAUUCCCGUAUCUUUCUUUGUCGAAACGAAACCAAAUCACUCUCUUCUUCUUCUUUUUGUUGUUGAUUUGGGGUUAGAUUCGAUUGCAUUAAUGGGCAAAGAGGUUAAGAUCUGGAAUCCCGUCGAAGUCGCAGAGCAAGCUCGCAACGACUAUGCCUCGCAGAUUUAUCCUUCACAUCUCACCAUUGAUCCCUCCCUCUCCCUUCCUCAAAUGAAACCUCUCAUCCUUAAGUUGUGCAAGGACAUGUUCAAGACCUGGUCAAAUUUGGACGAUUCUUGCUUUGAUAUUGACAAAAUCUCUGGAGGCAUAACAAAUUUAUUACUAAAGGUUUCAGUUAAACAAGGAAAUGGUGUUGAUGAAACUAUAACUGUCAGAUUGUAUGGACCGAACACUGAGUACAUUAUUGAUCGGCUUCGGGAAUUGCAGGCCACCAAAUACAUAACAGCUGCAGGAUUUGGUGCUAAGUGGCUCGGAAUAUUUGGAAAUGGCAUGGUGCAAUCUUUUAUUAGUGCACAUACUUUAACUCCAUCAGACAUGCGGGAGCCAAAGCUGGUUGCAAAAAUAGCCAAGCAACUUCAACGAUUUCAUCAUGUGGAAAUUCCAGGUUCUAAGGAACCUCAAUUAUGGAACGAUAUCUGGAAGUUCUUUGAGAAAGCAUCUGUUUUAGGAUUUGAUGAUAGUAAAGAGCAGAAGACUUAUGAAACGAUUUCCUUCAGGGAAGUUCAUGAUGAAAUUGUUGAGCUGAAGGGUUUGUGUGAUCGUCUCAAAUCUCCUGUAAUAUUUGCUCACAAUGACUUGCUUUCUGGAAAUAUAAUGAUCAAUUAUGAAGAAGAUAAACUUUACUUCAUUGAUUAUGAAUAUGCAUCAUACAACUACAGAGGCUAUGAUAUAGGGAACCACUUUGCAGAAUAUGCUGGCUUUGAAUGUGAUUAUGACUUGUACCCAAAUAUGAAUGAACAAUAUCAUUUCUUCAGGCAUUACAUACAACCUGAUCGACCACAUGAGGUGUCUGAGAAAGUCCUAGAAACUUUGUAUGUUGAAGCUAACACUUAUGCACUGGCGUCACACCUUUUCUGGGCUUUGUGGGGGAUAAUUCAGGCAAAGAUGUCCCCAAUCGAGUUCGAUUACCUUGGUUAUUUUUUCCUUCGAUACAACGAGUACAAAAGGAAAAAAGAUAAGUGCUUACUGCUGGCGCGAUCCUACCUUUCAGAAUGCAAGAAUGAGUAGAUGGAUUAUGCAUAAUCAAUCACUCAUGGAUUUUGCACGUCAAGUUUGUAGCAUGAGGCCCUGAUUCAUGUAGUUGUAUGUUUGUGUAAAAUAUCUCUUGUAGACAUUCAUCACAAUAAAGGCAAAUUUAAGCAUUUAGUUUCGGCUCUGGUGUCAUUUUUUAAUGUUGUAAUCCUGAAACUUAGAUUUUCUAAAUUAGUCUAUCAUUCUUUCCUCCUGUAAUGUGACCGUUACAAGUUUUGGUCAGCUAUUAAUAGAGUAUAUGUUUAUUUACCCGCACUUUCACUUAAUAAAAGUGAUAACAGGGUAUGUAUAAGGAGGACCAUGUCAAAAUAGUCCAUGAAAGAAUAUUUGCUUGAUUUAUUGAUUUUAUAUUUCUCUA